AUGUUGUCAGACUGCAUUUACCCAGAACCACGCCGCAAGAAGAGAAAACGUCUUCGUACCGCGGAGCACGUCGAGUCUCUCCAAAACAGGAUUGAAGUUCUGGAGUCAUGCAUCAAGAACCUCACUCGGUCUGCUAGUCCGACCCGCACGCCGCUCGCGAAAGGUGGUCAUUUGGCUGGACAGCCUUGCCCAUAUGCUCACGAGGAUUCUCCAGAGGGCUCUGACGAAGACAUCUCGCGGACGGCGCCCAAAUUCAUCCUUACCCGACACGCAAUUGAGGAUCCCGGUGACGUGUUCCAGGGAUACUCUGGAGACCGAGCGUUCAUCCAACGAAUGCGAGAAAGGAUAAAAGACUGGCCAGGCGACAAUGUUCGUUCACGAAUGUACCCUCCAAAGAGGCAAACUGCAAACCUCUUUGACUGUGAUUACUCUCUUGCGGCGACCACCUGCCUUCCGCCCAAAGAAUGGGCUCGUGCCUUGGUAGAUGCUGCGGUGCAAUCAUAUUCUCUUUUCCCCAUCCUUCAUCGACCGAGCUUCGAUCGCUCUUUUGAGGAUUUGUAUGCAAUACGACCCAAUGACUAUAUGGCCGAAGAGCUACGCUUUAUCCCUCUUCUUUAUGCCGUCCUUGCUCUGGGGUGUAUGUUCAUUCAGGCAGAUCCCCAGAAGUCCUCCCGUGAGCAGGAGAUCGCCGAGGGGCUACAGUACUUUGCUGCCAGCCGUGCCUUUAUCGACAUUAGCGACUGUACUGAUGCAGUGUCCCUCCAAACACUGAUCUUCCUUAUCCUCUUCACCAUAGGCACCAGUCGUGCCGGAACCUGUUACUCAUAUGUGACCCAUGCACUGACGCUUGCCCUCCGAAUGGGGCUCCAUCGUUCAAAGUCUCAAUAUGACGACCUAAUCGAGCGGGAAGUAGGAAGGCGGGUUUUCUGGGUCCUGAGACUUCUUGGUAACUACUUCGCGACGGCAUGCGGCAUGCCGAGGCUCUUGAACGACGAGAAUGUUGACCAAGAUUUGCCAGUGGAAGUCAAUGAUGCGUAUAUCACGAAGACGGGCAUUGCACCCCAACCCCUGGACGAGGUGUGCACAGUAGCGGGUCUGAAUUCUCUCAUCGCCCUGUACAAGAUCUUGGAACAGGUUGUCAGGGAUAUAUAUCCGCCCAGAGGCAUCAGCAAAACACACGGAAAGUUGGCCGCAACAUAUCUGGUUAGGAUUGAGAAGGUCAAAGACAUCGAGAGGGCUUUGAAAAGGUGGAUGGAGAGCCUGCCAUUUGGAUUCCGACUGAAAUCUCACACGUCACCCAGAUCUUUGCUACGGACCCAAUAUCUACUGCGCAUGUCGCAUGCCCACGUUCAGCUCUACCUCUACAGACCUUUCCUGCACUACCUCUCCAGAGCUUCUGAUGAAAACACAUCGUCAUCUAACAUCACUUUUUCUCCGUAUGCAGCGGCCUGCGUUCGAGCGUGUCAUACUAUUCUGAGCCUCAGCGGAGAGAUGUGCGAAAGCGACCUUCUUCAAGGCGGAGGUUUCACCGUCUUGCACAUGAUCUUCGGAUCUGUUGUGACAUUCCUGUUCAUCAUUCUCGAUUCUGCCGACUGGGAAGGAAGGGAGUCCGCUUUCGAGGACAUAUCGAUUGGCCGAAAGGCGCUUGCUUUUCUUGCAAAGUGCAACAAUGCUGCUGAAAGAGCGCAGACUGUUUUAGAGAAGACCGUGAUCUCUUUACUUCCGGCAGAAUUCGCAGAGACUCGAGAACGUCUGCAGCGGCAAGGGCCCUCAGUCACUGAUUUCAGCAUUCCGAAUUCUGAAAGGACUAAUGGAUCUCUUGUGAGCUUCGAUAUGAAUAGUCAAGGCUUAUCAGAGAUGUCCAUUGAUGAGACGAGUUCCAGAGUUACCGUUCCAAUACAGUUUGAUCGUUCAAUGGCGCCGACCGGGCAUACUAUUGACCCCGACCAACAAAUGAAAGGCGGUGCAGCAAAAUGCCAACGAUUUCCAGGUGGCGCAUAUACACACGCCAUGUCAAGUGGGAGGGCUGAAGGUGGGACAUUCUCAGCCUCUCUCCAUCGGGAGGCCAUGCAGGAAAACAUGCAGGAUCACUUGCUUCCACAACCCACCAUGCCGUGUGCUCUGCAAGGCGGCGGCGACACGAGGAUCAUUCCCCCUCCAUAUGGAGAUCCCACCGCUGAGUUCCUCGAAGCACAGCAUUUCAACUUCUCUACCGAUUAUCUCGGGGACGUUUGGAACAGUAUUAAUCAAUUUCCGGAACCAAUUAACUCAGAACAGCAUGGGAACCAAUUUCAGAUGAUGGAUAUGCCCAAUUUAAUGAGCUUCCACGAGGCCAGAGGCUUAUUCAACUUCGACUAUCUACCUUGA